UCAAUGCGGAAAUCUACAAAAAUUUAAAAAUAGCCGACAAAGUUUUCGAAAUAAUUCCAGAACAGAAAAGAAUGUUAUUGACAGAUGUCAUGAAUAUGUUAAAAACUACAAAAGAAUAUAAUGAAGUAAGAGGAAAGCUGCCUUGUACGCCUACGCCGCAUUUGGAGCCAAUCAAAUUCGCUGGCUUUCUCCAUUUGUAUUGGGAUGAUGUUUUCAAAUUAAUGCCUGACUCUGAAAAUGGCCAGAUUUGGAUUAAACGACAUGUCCUACACCAUCAAAAACCUUCACAGGAGCGUAAAUAUAUGAAGGAGAUAUUGUCAACUCUUCCUCGGUAUCCUAUCCCAUCGGACAUUUUGACUAAACCUCAUGUAGUGCAUGUUCAGGUCAGCAAAUUGCCAACAGAUGGCGUUGGACUUCAACUUCUUGAAUUAAAUGAUGAUUUUCAAUUUGUAAUGAGUGAAUUGAGGCAAUACUACGAUGAAAUUAAAAAAUUAAAACCUGUAGAUGAGAAGGCUAGAAGACUACACCAAAAUGAAACUUUUGAGGGUUGCUGUUGUUUAUAUGCCCAUUUUUCUGAAAAUGGAAUGAGGGAAUUUAGGCGUGGAAUAAUUACUGGACAAAGCAAUGGACUAGCUAUGGUCCAAGAUGCUGAUUUUCCCUGGAUUGGACUUGUUGAACUCCGCAACCUAUAUCAAAUUCCUCGCCAUCUGGUCGGGAUUCGCCAGACUUGUGUUUAUGGAGUAUUUGGUGGUUUUAACAUGAAGACAGAGAAUGAGAGAGCUUUGUGGGAUGGAAUUUGUCGUGAAAUGUGCAGGCCAGGAGUGCGGAAUGUUGCAACCUUCCAUCGUUUAGCAGAACGGAUUGACUACAGCGGGCGAAAGAAGUAUGCAAUCUACCAAGUGACCAUUCAGGUUAAUGAGAUUGGAAAACUAGCCCCAAUAUUAAGCUUUCCUGGAAGUUUUUGA